AUGUCCCGGCCCGACGACACAGCCCGCUUCAGCUCCAUGACGGGCUCCAGCACCGACAGUGGCAGGUCCAGCAUCACGGUGAAGCCGCUCCCUGGGACGCCUGUAUCCCCAUCACUCACAUCGCCUACGGGUACAGGCGCCGGGACGGGGAACAAUGCCUCCCGGUUCGCCCCGCAUGGAUCGCGACGAGCGGCCCCGUCGCGCCUGAAGACGGACGAGAAUGGCAAUCUCACUCGCUCCGUGAAGGAUUCAGACGGACAGGUCUCGCCCACGUCCAACGGAGCGCGCACCGCGUUGUCUCCUUCUUCGAUGAACACCAAUCCCGCAACAGGGCGCGAACAUUCGAUGAGCGACCUCUUUGAUUACCGUCGCGAUCUCGCGAUCCUCGACCCCGCUGGCGGCCGGUCGUCCCGCCAUCAACACUCCAAUCCGUCCACUGGCUCGCUCGGCCAAAUCGCGCCCUGGAUGGCCAACAACACUGGGGGCACACCAGGCGCCCCGACCGACCCUGCCCCUUCGAGUUUCUACAACGAUUCGACCGAUAGCCUAUCUAUGGGCUCCCAGCUGUCCCCGGGGGUCCGCGCUUCGAUCAGCCGCGCGACCCCGGGUACUAGCACCGAGUCGCCCGACGCGGCAUACUUCACCGAUGAGAGGCGCCCAUCCAUCGCCAGUGUCACUACAACGGCGAGUAGUCAGGGCUCUAGGACGAGCGGUGCAAGAGGAGGAAUACGAAAGUUGCAGGGCUUUUUUGGAGAGGAGUUUCCAGGGCGGGACUCGUCUGAAACGAGCCUCGCACAUACGACAGGAAGGGAACACCGGUCACAUUCGUACAGCUACAACCGGCCGCACAGAGAUCGGAAUUACUCCAACGCUACCGAUCAGGGCCGGGACGGUUCGCCGGUCUCGCGGCCCCGAACCCCCGUCCCGGCUCCCGAAGUCGUCCCGUUUUUGUACCAGGAAGCCGAUGACAUUGCGCGAUACGGGGAAGCCCCCGUCCGAGAUAUCCUCAGUGGCCCGGACCGCGACCGUUACAUCACCGACGGCGCCGCGCAGAACCCGCCGAAAACCUCGGGCUCCGGACGAUCCGGCCACUCAAUUGUGCAUAUGCCCGCCCAUCACAGACACAACAAGAGUAACGACGACCCGAGGGCGCUGCGCCCGUCGAUCAGCCGGGAAGACUCUACCGCGACGGCGCCGAAGGAGCGCAGCGGCUCAAAUACCAUGUAUACCGCUAGGUCCCGCGCUCAGAGUCCGGCCCCGAGCGCAAACAGCAGCGGUUACUGGAAUCCUAAAGCCAGCGUCAGCGGCGACGGACAAACUUCUCCUGGGCACCAUCACAAGCGCCGAUUCCUCGGUCGGUUCCGCGGGAAGCGGGACAACAACAACAACAGCAACAACAGCAAGGAUGACCUGGCGGAUUUGAGAAAGCUUCCCACAUCUUCUCAAUCUCUCCAACCACGGUUGAGCAAACCGGAUUUCCCGUUCGGCGAGGGCCAGCAGCAGCAACAACAGCAGCAGCAGGGCCCUCCAGGAGCCGACUGGCCAGGCUCGCCCGAUGCCCGCGACGCCUACGGGUUGCGCCCCGGUUAUGUACGCGGCGCAACCUUUAACAACAAGUUUCCUUUCUCAUCGAAGAAGACUCGCACCAUUAGACCACAAGAUGAUGCCGACGAAAACAUUGGGCCAACCGAUCGGCAGGACGGUGGUAGUGGGGGGACCAUGUUCCACCUUGACACCAAUCUCAGCGAUAUGGAGGGCAUUCUCAGCCGGCCGCUGCCUUUGACUCCCAUGGAUCCAGACUUCUUGAACGACAUCGAUAUUGAUAAGUUACCCAUCAGGCCCACGGACCCGAAUGGUGCUUGGAACGCGCCCGACAGCUGGGCUGUUCGCCGCGGGGAUGAGGCGUCAACCCAGGUCCCGGAAGCCGACGACAUCGGGAGCCCUCCCCGGCCGGAGGAAAAGCUGACCAACUACUGCAUCCGCGUGUUCAGGGCAGACGGGACCUUUGCCACGCUCCAGAUGGCCCUCGAUGCUACAGUUGCGGAUCUCGUGUCGCAGAUUGUCAAGAAGUCGUAUGUGAUAGAUGGCCUCGAGAACUACAACAUUGUCCUCAAGAAGCACGACUUGAUCCGAGUGUUGAGCUCUGUCGAGCGCCCGCUGUUGAUGCAAAAGCGCCUUCUCCAGCAGGUCGGAUAUGAGGAGCGCGACAGGAUAGAGGACGUCGGGCGGGAGGACAACAGCUAUUUGUGCCGCUUUAUGUUCCUCUCGGCGCGAGAAAGCGAUUUCCACGCCAUCACGCACGACGUCGGCUUCAGUCGUAUGGCCAAGUACAGCCAUAUCGACAUGUCUGGUCGCAAUCUGAGCACCAUUCCGGUCAUCCUCUACUCUCGAGCCUCCGAAAUUAUCUCCCUCAACAUGUCGAGGAACCUUUCGCUCGACGUGCCUCGGGACUUCAUCCAGUCAUGCACUAGUUUACGUGACAUCAAGUACACCAACAACGAAGCCCGCAAACUACCACCAAGCUUGAGUUGGGCGAACAAGCUGACGUAUCUGGACGUAUCCAACAACCGCCUAGAUCAACUCGAACACGCCGAACUAGGGAAUAUCAAAGGCAUCCUCAAACUCAACCUGGCCAACAACCGCCUCAAGCAACUUCCGUCCUACUUCGGCGCCUAUUCUGUACUGCGGACCCUGAACAUCUCAUCAAAUUAUCUGGAGAAAUUCCCGCCCUUCCUCUGCCAGCUGGAGAGUUUGGUCGACUUGGACCUCAGCUUCAAUCUUAUCGGUGACCUGCCAGAAGCAAUCGGCAAGCUGAGGAGUCUGGAAAAGUUUGUCGUCACUAACAACCGACUGACGGGGACUUUCCCUGAAACCUUCAAGAAUCUGAGCAGCCUGCGUGAACUCGACAUCAAGUACAACACAAUAGCAAACAUCGACGUGAUCGCGCAGCUCCCGAAGCUGGAAAUCUUGACGGCCGAUCACAACUCGGUAUCUCAGUUCGUCGGAUCAUUCGAUAGGUUGCGCAGCCUGAAGCUGAACUCGAACCCUGUCACGAAGUUUGAACUCAGGGGCCCGGUUCCGACGCUCAAGCUCCUGAAUCUGUCCAAUGCUCAGCUCGCAAGCAUCGAUGAGUCUUUCAACAACAUGCCCGGCCUCGAGCGGUUGGUCCUCGACAGGAAUUACUUCGUCUCGCUCCCUACACAAAUCGGCAAUCUCCGGAAACUCGAACACUUCAGUAUUGCCCAUAAUUCGGUUCGGCAACUGCCUCAGGAGAUUGGGUGUCUCACAGAGUUGCGAAUCUUGGAUGUCCGUGGCAACAACAUCCGCAAACUCCCCAUGGAGCUCUGGUGGGCAAAUAAACUGGAGACGCUCAAUGCAUCUUCCAAUAUUUUGGACCAUUUCCCGAAACCCGCCUCUCGCGCGCCCCAGCCCCCGGAGGACGCAGGCAGCGCCAACAGCUCCAUGAGUAGCAAAAUAUCCGGGACCUCGCGCAACCUCUCGCCGAUGCCGAGUGUCGAGGAAUUGAACAGUGAUCCGUCCAGGCGCCCAAGUCAAGCUUCGAGCGCGACCCUGCUGAGUGUUGGCCCCUCGCCCGUCCCCACAGCCGACAAUAGGAAGGGUUCCAUGGUUUCACUGUAUGGAAAAGGGGGUCGAAAAACGUCGGUCGUGUCUCGAAGCACACAGAGCAGCACCCCCACGAUGGGCCCCGGCUACAGGAAGGACUCCGGCCUCACAGCAAUCUUGACCAAUACCUUCGCCGGUUCUCUCCGGAAUUUGUACAUCGCCGACAACCAGCUUGACGAUGACGUUUUCGACCAAAUCACGCUGCUCUCCGAACUUCGCAUCCUCAAUCUUUCGUACAAUGAGUUGAGUGACAUGCCGCAGCGCUCCAUCAAGAACUGGCCACAGUUGACUGAGCUGUACCUCUCGGGCAAUGAACUCACGAGCCUUCCCGCCGACGAUCUGGAAGAUUACUCGCUUUUGCAGACACUCCAUAUCAACGGCAACAAGUUCACAAAUCUCCCCGCUGAUAUCUCUCGGGCGAAGCGGUUGGCUGUGUUAGAUUGCGGAAGCAACUCGUUGAAAUACAACAUUGCGAACGUCCCCUACGAUUGGAAUUGGAACUUCAACCCCAACUUAAGAUACCUCAACUUGUCCGGUAACCGGCGCUUGGAGAUCAAGGAGAGCCACUCGGGCGUGGUGACGCAGAACCGUGAACAGUUGACCGACUUCAGCCGGCUUGCCAACCUCCGCGUCCUUGGCUUGAUCGACGUGACGCUCAUCCAGCCCAGCAUCCCGGACCAAAGCGAAGACAGACGUGUCCGGACAUCCAGCUCGUUGGCUGGGUUUCUGCCGUAUGGGAUGGCCGACACUCUCGGGAAAAAUGAGCACCUUUCGACCAUCGAUCUUGUGGUGCCCCGUUUCAACUCGUCCGACGGCCAGACACUGUUGGGCCUAUUUGAUGGCCAGUCAUCGAGCAGCGGCGGUUCCAAAAUUGCCAAGUAUCUCCAAGAGAACUUUGGUAAAAUAUUUGCCCACGAAUUGCACGACGCCAAGCAGCGAGAAGACGAGACCCCUGAAGAUGCCCUGCGGCGCGCCUUUUUGUCGCUCAACAAGGACUUGGUCACGGCUGCGAUUCAGCACACCGAAGACCGGCCGAUCACCACACACCGCGGGUCUCAAGCCCACCUCGUCCUUAGCCAGGAAGAUCUCAACUCGGGUGGUGUUGCCACCGUGGUGUAUCUCGAAGAACAAGAGCUCUACGUCGCCAAUGUUGGCGAUGUUCAGGCCAUGCUGAUCCAAACAGACGGCCAAGCGAAGAUGCUGACCAGGAAGCAUGACCCGGCGGACCCCCCCGAACGGUCUCGGAUCCGUGACGCCGGCGGUUGGGUCUCGCGUCAGGGACGCCUAAACGAACUGCUACCCGUAUCCCGUGCGUUCGGUUACGUGGAUCUGAUGCCACCGAUGCAGGCGGCGCCACACAUCAAACGCCAUACGAUUGGGGACCAAGACGAGACGAUUCUACUGGCCACCAAGGAGGUGUGGGAGUAUUUGACUCCCGAGCUCAUUGUCGAUGUUGCCCGCUCUGUGCGGGGGGAUCUGAUGCGGGCGGCGCAGAAAAUCCGCGAUCUUGCCAUGGCUUAUGGUUCUAAGGAAAAGAUCAUGGUGAUGAUGUUGAGCGUAUCAGAUCUCAAGAGGCGCCGGGAACGUUCGCGGACGUAUCGCGGUCAAAGCAUGUCCUGGUUCAACUUCCCACAGGACGAAGGCGGGCUUCCUGUUGCCACCCGCAGGAUUAAGAAAGCCAAGGGAGAGGGCCCGCUUGAUUCGACUCUGCAGCGUCUUGAGGCCGAAGUGCCUGCUCCGACGGGCAUGAUCGCCAUCGUCUUUACGGAUAUCAAGAGCUCGACGCAACUAUGGGAGAUCUACCCGGAGGCCAUGCGCUCAGCCAUCAAGCUGCAUAACGAGGUCAUGCGCAGACAGCUCAGACGUAUCGGUGGGUUCGAGGUCAAGACGGAAGGGGAUGCGUUUAUGGUGUCGUUCCCGACCGCUACAUCGGCGCUGUUGUGGUGUUUCGCCGUCCAGACGCAACUUUUGACGGUUAACUGGCCGAACGAGAUUCUCAACUCGAUCAACUGCCAGCCCACAUUUGACAGGGAUGACAAACUCAUCUUCAGGGGUAUCUCGGUACGAAUGGGGAUUCACUGGGGCGAGCCGCUGGCUGAGCCUGAUCCGGUGACCCGUCGUAUGGACUACUACGGCCCGAUGGUAAACAAGGCAAGUCGUAUCUCGGCUUGUGCUGAUGGCGGUCAAAUCACGGCGUCGUCGGAUUUUAUCAUGGAGAUUCAGCGCUGUCUCAUGACCUACGAAGAUUCAAACGCCCCACCAGAGGACACUUUCGACGACGACGUCUUUGCCCGAGCCAUCCGCAAUGAGCUUCGCCAGUUAAGCAGCCAAGGUUUCGAGAUCAAGGAGAUUGGCGAGAAGAAGCUCAAGGGUCUCGAAAACCCCGAGUUCAUCUACUCGCUGUAUCCACACGCGCUCACGGGCAGGUUCGACCAGCACAAUCUUCACGAGCGGGCGCAGUCCACAAACGAGAAACCGGCCAUGCUGAGCCCCGACAGCCAACUGGCCCUCAACCCGGAUGACAUUUGGGGCAUGUGGCACGUAGCGUUGAGACUCGAGAUGUUAUGCAGCACGCUCGAAGACGUGAACCGGCGGACUCUUGCGCCACCUGAGACAGAGCUUAUGGAGCGCAUGAAACAGCGUGGCGGUGAGGUGACGGAGCGGUUCUUGAUCAACUUUAUGGAGCAUCAAGUCAGCCGGAUUGAGACCUGCAUCUCGACCCUCGCCGUCCGUCACCUCGUCCUUGCGGAUGAUCCAGCCAAAAAGGUCAACGAUUUACGCGGCCCCAUGUCCGAAGUUAUUGGGACGCUUACCGAAAAAUUGGCCCUUCUCCAGAAGUACGAGGCUCGUUUCGGUCCACUUGACAACGACGACGCGGACAACCACUCCGGUGCCUCAAAGACAGCCGGACAAAUACUUGCACCAACUCCUAUCGCCGCUCCACAGAGCGCGCUCCAGCUGUCAUUUCCACAAACCGGCGCUUCCGCAUCUCCCCCGGUGUCUGGGGGAUCUGGUACGGACACGCCAGCAUCCUCACCGUUCUGA